UUUGUUCUAUACUUUUGCGACUUUUUAACUUGGAAACGGCCGUGUUGCACGAUUGGGUGAAAUUCCUGUCUCUUAGGGUUUCGUUUGUAUCUCCAUGAAGACUACUCCUGGUUUGAGGAUUUUCAAGCCCAUCAUCCCUCACACACCUAAACCGGACUCUAGAAUUUAUGUGGAAGAUGCUUGGACAAUGCUAAAGCCAGCCAUAAGAGCCAUCUUCCUCGACGAGCCACAAGAUUUUGCAUGCAGUGGGCUUUUCAAUGCUGUUAAUAAAUCAUGGUGUGAAAAGUCUUCAGGAGAAGCCCUUUACAAGCUGAUCUUGGAGGAGUGUGAGAUAUACAUCUCUGCAGCCAUACAGUCUUUAGAAUCGCAAUGCGAUACGGAUCCCUCUCUUUUCCUCUCACUCUUGGAGAAGUGUUGGCUAGACUUUCGCCGCAAGUUACAGUUUCUCUGUAGCAUUGCCGGUGGUGAAGGUCAGACCGUCGGUCCACACUCAGUGUGGGACUUGGGUAGUGAGCUUUCUCCCAAGCAUCUCUUCUCAGCCCAGAAAGUUCGUGACAAGCUUCUUUCCAUCAUUCUACAACUCAUUAGAGAUCAAAGAUCAUUCAUGUCUGUUGACAUGACUCAGCUAAAGAAUACCACCAGACCAGUCAUGUCUGUUCACAUGACUCAGCUAAACAAUCUUAGGGGUUUGUUUUAUGGACAGUCUCUCUACAAGUCGCCCUUCUUCAAGAAACCCUUUAUCGACUGCGCUGUUGAGUUUUACUCAGCAGAAGCAAUGCAGUUCAAGGAGCAGUCAGACAUUCCACUGUAUUUGAAACGUGUCGAGUAUGUGGCGUGA